CAUUGACAAUUAUUGCUGAUGCACAAAAAUUUCAUUACGUACAUCAUAAAGCCGUUACUAUUACUGGCAAAAUGAAAUCCCGAGGUAUUAUUUGCGAUUUCAAUGCUUCGAAUAACAAUAUCAUUAACAAUAAAUUUACCACUCGCGAUAAUUGUGCUUCCCCUGGUGGCCAAUGUAAAAUGGAUAGUGAAUGUUGCAGUGAUAACGGUGAUACAUACGGCUGUUGCGAUGGUAACUGCAUUAAAUGCAAUCCAAAUAAUCCAGAUCAAUGUUGUCCGUGCUAG